GCGUGCGUUGCAGGCAGAAGAAUCAAGCAAGUCUUGAGCAGCGAGGGUAGGAUGCGCGAGAGCGUAAACCUCGUUUCUGCUCCACAAACACCGCGAAGCCCACUCAAACUCAUGAAUGCUCUCAAUCGCUCGGUCCGCCCCCCUCUCCGCGCCAAACAUGUCUUCAGUCACGCGAUCCCAAAACUCAGCAGCGCCCUUCACUCUGACGGUAGCGUCCCGUCAGACGCGCAAGAACAAGGCCACCUCUUCAGCUUUUCCCCUCAUCAUUCAGCUCAACAAUGACGAACCGACGCUUAAGCAGCUCAAAUCGGCCAUUCAUCAAAAGCAUGCCGGCUUGACUGCAGAGAGGCAGCGCAUCACCACAGAGGAGAAGAAGGCCUUGCUGGAUGAGGACAAACGCUUGACGGAAGCGGGUGUCCGCAACGGCGAUACGCUCUACGUCAAGGACAUUGGUCCACAAGUGGCCUGGCGAACAGUAUUCUUGGCAGAGUAUGGUGGUCCGCUGAUCAUCAAUCCUCUUCUCUACUUUGCGGCGCCUCACAUUUGGGGAAAUUACGAGCCAUCCCGGAUGCAAGCCUUGUCCACGACCCUCGUCACCUUGCACUACCUCAAGCGAGAGUACGAGACAAUCUUCGUCCACAGGUUCUCAAACGCCACAAUGCCGAUCCUGAACCUGUUCAUGAACACUGCCUACUACUCUUUUCUUUCCGGAAUCUUUCUUAGCGGCAGCAUCAACAUUCCAGCAAAUUCUGCUGCAAAGCUCAAGGGAACUUUGCGCGAUUCGAACGCUUGGUUGAUCGGGUGCACAGUCGCUUGGCUCGCCUUUGAGACCCUCAAUUACUCUACGCACAUUGCCUUGCGCAAUUUGCGACCGGCAGGAACGAGAGAGCGCAAGAUUCCUCGUGGGGGCUUGUUCGAGUACGUCAGCUGCCCCAACUACUUUUACGAGAUUUUAGGCUGGGUCGCCAUCAGCGCCCUGACGUUGAGCCCAGCUGCGGCGCUCUUCUCGGUCGCGGGCGUCUUCAUCAUGACCAAUUGGGCCCUGGGCAAACAUCGUAACUAUCGCAAAGAGUUCAAAGACUAUCCUCGCAAGCGCAAAGCUCUCUGGCCUUUCUUGCUGUAAGCGCUCUGGCUUGCCGUGCUCUCUUUCAGCCCGUUUCCAUUUUCUCGAGAAUGUGAUGUUAGGCUUAGAAGCGAGAAGAAACGUCAUCUGAUCAAGUCGCCUUCCGAGACCAUUC